AGUAUUUUGUGGAUAGGUGUUUGCCUAUGGGGUGCUCUCUCUCUUGUGCGUAUUUUGAGACGUUCAGCUCAUUUUUGGAGUGGGUGGUGGUAGAUGUUUUGGGUUGUGCAUCGGUUAUUCACUAUUUAGAUGACUUUUUGUGUUUGGGGCCUGCGAAUUCUCGGGUAUGUUCUUUGUUGUUACACACGGUUCAGUCGGUUUUUGUGCGUUUUGGCGUGCCGUUAGCGAUGGAGAAGACGGUGGGUCCAGUUACUGAAUUGUGUUUCCUGGGGAUUGUUAUAGACACAGAGAGGAUGGAGUGUAGGCUUCCGAUGGACAAGGUGCUGGAUUUGAGGCGCGAAAUCGAUCAGGCCAUAGUGAGGGAGAAGAUUAGGUUGAGGGAGCUGCAGUCAUUAUUAGGGAAGCUUAAUUUUGCAUGUCAGAUUAUGCCGAUGGGCAGGAUUUUUUGUAGAAGGCUGGCUGCCGCUACAGCGGGUGUGUCUGCGCCUUAUCACUUUGUUAGGUUGCGAAAAGAGUUGAAAGGUGACUUAAGGGUUUGGGCAGAAUUUUUAGGACAUUAUAAUGGGAGGACGUUGGUUAUGGAGGAGGUUUGUGAUGUUGCAGAUUUUGAAUUGUAUACGGACGCGUCGGGGGGUGUGGGUUUUGGCGCUUAUUGUCAAGGGCAGUGGUGUGCGGGCGGUUGGCCAGAGUCGUGGGUGGAGCGCGGUUGGGUGACGAAUAUUGCACUGUUAGAGUUGUUUCCUAUUGUUAUGGCGGUGGUGUUGUGGGGGGAUAGGUUUGAGAAUAGGAAGGUGCGCUUUAAUUGUGAUAAUUUGGGAGUUGUUCAGGCUAUUAACAGUUUAUCAGCAUCCUCCCCUCCGGUGGUUAAGCUUUUACAGUUUUUGGUGUUACGGUGUUUGUCGAUUAACGUUUGGGUGGUGGCGAAGCAUGUGGCUGGAGUGACUAAUUCUGUGGCGGACUCUCUUUCUCGUUUACAGUGGGAGCGGUUCCGGCUUCUUGUGCCAGAAGCGGAGUUGGAGGGUCUGGAGUGUCCGUCAUGGCUGUGGGGGAUCUUGGAGGAGAGGUGAUGGGGUUGCUUAGGGAUUCGCUAAGCCCUGGUUUUCCGGUGGCCUUGGUCUGGAUUUUAGGACAUUCCUAUGUUUUCUGGGGGGCGAUUAGAGCAGAUGUUAGGCCGAAUGGCCGCCAGCUGGGGUUGAGUUCGGAGGUUGCUACGGUUAGGUGGUUAGGGGUCAGAGGAAUGUUGUGGGGGGGGGUUUGCGGGAAGUGCAGCGGUUUGCGCGGUUGGACAGGCCUCCGGAUGUGUUGGUGCUUCAUGUGGGGGGCAAUGACUUAGGGAGGCGGCCAUUUAGGGAGUUGGUGAGAGAUGUGAAGUUUGAUCUGCUGAGGAUUUGGACGUUAUUUCCGGGUGUUGUUACAGUGGGGUCUGACAUUGUACCGCGUAAGUCAUGGAGGGAGGCUAGGUCUGUGGAGAGCAUUAAUAAAGCCCGGAUAAAAGUGAAUAGGGCAGUGGGCAGGUUUAUGGCACGGAAUGGGGCUGUGGCGGUACGUCAUGAGGAGUUAGAAAAAGGAGUUGGUGCAUUUUGGAGAACGGAUGGGGUGCAUUUGAAUGCGGUGGGGACUGAUUUGUGGUCUUUGGGGAUCCAGAAUGGAGUGGAGAUAGAGUUACGGAUGUGGAGGGAUGCGCAGGCUUGAGGAGGUCAAGUUGCGCGUUCUUGGAGGCGGGGGAGGUCCUGGAAGUGGAAAAUAUGGUGGUAUCUGAGGAUGGGAGGGCCCCGCGGUAGGGGCUGGACUAUCAUGGAGGAGCCGGUACUAACGAACUAGGCGUCCAUCAGUUGCUGCCUCCGAGCUGGGUUCAACGGCUGGGGGCAAGAUGGAGUCGCAGGUUUGUUACGGUGUUUAUGAGGUUAUUGGGGCUUCUAGGACCUCCCUCGUCAUUGGUUAAUUUAUUAAGUUAUGUUAUGUAUUUAUUUAAUAAACGGCUGCUGUGGCCGAUUAAAUCCA